AUGAGUUUCUCCAACAUGCUCAGCAGGCUCCAGGGCCAACCCGAGAGCUAUGACAAGAAGGCGAAAUAUCGCUUCGGUCGCACUCUCGGUGCAGGCACAUACGGCAUCGUCCGUGAGGCUGACGGUCCCACUGGCAAGUGCGCCGUUAAGAUUAUCUUGAAGAAGAACGUCAAGGGCAACGAGAGAAUGGUAUACGAUGAGCUUGAUAUGCUUCAGCGCCUCAAGCACCCCCAUAUUGUCAAGUUUGUCGACUGGUUCGAGUCGCGUGACAAAUACUACAUUGUGACCGAGCUCGCUACUGGUGGAGAAUUGUUUGAUCGUAUUUGCGAGCAGGGCAAAUUCACGGAGAAGGACGCCUCGCAAACCAUUAAGCAGGUUCUUGAGGCCGUCAACUAUCUGCACCAGAACAAUGUCGUCCACCGAGCGGAAAUAGACCUGAAGCCCGAGAACCUCCUCUAUCUGACCAGAGACCCAGAGUCUGACCUCGUCCUGGCUGACUUCGGCAUUGCCAAGAUGCUCGAUCGCAAGGACGAAGUCCUCACAACAAUGGCUGGCUCAUUCGGCUAUGCCGCCCCUGAAGUAAUGCUUAAGAAGGGCCAUGGAAAGCCUGUCGACAUGUGGUCUAUGGGUGUCAUCACAUACACUCUUCUCUGUGGUUACUCUCCUUUCCGCUCCGAGAACCUGCAAGACCUUAUCGACGAGUGCAGCAACGCUCAAGUCGUUUUCCACGAGCGCUACUGGAAGGAUGUCAGUGACGAUGCCAAAGACUUCAUCCUGCAUCUGCUGCAGCCCGACCCCGUUAAGCGUUGGUCCAGCGAGGAAACUCUGCGCCACCCCUGGCUGAGCGGAGAGAACGCUACUGACCACAACUUGCUGCCCGAGAUCAAGGCUUACAUGGCCAAGGCUAGACUUCGUCGUGGUGUCGAGAUGGUCAAGCUCGCCAACAGAAUCGACUUGCUCAAGACCCAGGAGGAGGACAAGGAGGACUCGGAUUUCCCGGUCGACGCCGUCAGCGCCGCUGACCAGGCCAAGUCGGGCGGCCCCGAGCCCAGUGCCGGCGAGAAGCGCAGCCUGUCCAGGACGAUCAAGGGAGCUAUCUUCCGCGAAGUCGUCUUGGCUAAGGUGCGCGAGAUGAAGCAGCAGCAGGAUACCCUGAAGGUGAAAGAGGAGGCGGAGAAGGAGCACAGGAGACGCAGCUUCCAGGGGUGA